ACAGAGAUACUACAGAGAUACAACAGAGAUACGGCAGAGCGUCGUCCUGAAUGUUCGGCAUGCUCCGCUUCUAGGCAGACACAAAGCAAAAGGACAGCUUUGGUGGAGGCUGAAGCCGUAACGCUCGAACUUUCUUUGUCACCACAACCGCUUCCUGUGUCUUUUCGGCGAGACGAUGCUCUUAGUGCAGCGAUGCUUCGAGCACUCGUAGCGCGCGUCGCGCUGUUUGCUCGGAGCAUCACGCGACACUCUUCCGGGCCGACACUCGGCGCGUACCGGGCUGAGGAGACGACAGCCGGACUCGGGAAGACCUCAGACAUGGUCGAGGAGAGGAUGGGCGACUGUUGGAGUCACACCAAGGAUCAGUUCGACAACUUGGAGAAGCACACGCAGUGGGGGAUCGAAUUUGUGGAGAAGUACACCAAAUUCGUCAAGGAGAGGUCGGAGAUCGAAACCAACUAUGCAAAACAAAUUAGGAAUCUAUCAAAGAAGUAUCAACCCAAGAAGAACUCACGAGAAGAGGAAGAGAGCAAGUUCACCUUCUGUCAAGCCUUCCUGACGUCCCUGAACGAGUUGAAUGACUACGCGGGUCAACACGAGGUCAUAGCGGAGAACCUGACGUCUCAAAUCAUCACCGAGCUCUCGCGCUACCUGCAGGAGCUCAAGGGCGAGAGGAAAUCGCACUUCCAUGAUGGCCGCAAGGCGCAGCAGCACAUCGAGAGCUCGUGGAAACAGCUGGAAUCGUGUAAAAGGAGGUUUGAGAGGGACUGUAAAGAGGCGGACCGGGCGCAGCAGUACUUCGAGAGGAUGGACGCCGACAUCAACGUGACGAAGGCCGACGUGGAAAAGGCCCGACAGCAUGCUCAGUCCAGGCACCAGAUGGCUUCAGACAGUAAGAGCGACUACUCCUCCUACCUGCAGAAGUUCAACCAGGAACAGAACGAACAUUACUUCACAGUCAUCCCCAACAUAUUCCAGAAACUUCAAGACAUGGAGGAGAAGAGAAUCGACAGGAUAGGAGUGAGCAUGAGGACGUUCGCCGACGUGGACCGCCAGGUGCUGCCCAUCGUGGGGAAAUGUUUAGACGGCAUGACGAAAGCCGCCGAGUCCAUCGAGCCCAAGACUGACUCCAAGCAGGUGGUGGAGUCCUACAAGUCCGGGUUCGAGCCCCCGGGGGACGUGGACUUCGAGGACUACGGCCAGGCCAUGACGAGGACGCCGUCCGACACCAGCCUGUCCAACUCCAGAGAGGCCAAGGAGAAGCCGGCAGGCAAGAGCAAGGGCAAGCUGUGGCCCUUCAUCAAGAACAAGAACAAGUCUCCCAAGCAGCACAAGGAGCCCCUCUCCCACCGCCUCAACGACUUCAUGACCUCCAAGCCCAAAUUGCACUGCCUCCGGAGCCUGAGGCGAGGGCUUUCUCUCAAGCUGAUCACACUCAAUUCCCACGUCCGGAAUCUCAUUGAGGGAGAAUGGGAGGGCUCUGGACCGGAGGACUUCAGCCACCUGCCACCGGAGCAGAGGAGGAAGAAGCUGCUGGGCAAGAUGGAGGACCUGAAUAAGGACAUCCAGAAGGAGAUGGACCAGAGGGACGCGCUGACGAAGAUGAAAGACGUGUACGUGAAGAACCCCCAGAUGGGCGACCCCGCCAGCGUCGACCCCCGGCUAUCGGAAAUCGCCCUGAACAUCGAGAAGCUGCAGUUCGAAGCGCAGAAGUUUGAGGGCUGGUUAGCGGAGGUGGAGGAGAGGAUGCCGUCCAAGAGCGAUACGAACCGUAGAAGUGGCCUCUAUGAGACCCAGAACAACACGCCCGUGAGCAACAACUGCGCUCAGGACCGAGAGAGCCCGGACGGCAGCUACACGGAGGAGCAGAACUCAGAGACUCAGGUCAAGGCCAACGUCAACCCCGUCCUCCCCACCUCCAGCACGCCGGAGUUCGACGACGAGUUCGACGACGAGGAGACGCUGCCCACCAUCGGCACCUGCAAGGCCUUGUACCCGUUCGAAGGUCACAACGAGGGCACCAUCUCCGUGGCGGAGGGCGAGCUGCUGUACGUCAUAGAAGAGGACAAAGGGGACGGAUGGACGCGAGUGCGCAGGAACGAGGACGAGGAGGGAUACGUGCCCUCCUCCUACGUCGAGGUCUUUUUGGAAACCAAUGCCAAAGGUGCUAUGACGUACAUUUAACUCGGCGAGCGGGACCUUUUUUUUCCUUUUUUUUUUGUUUGUUACUGUGAAUCAGUACGUUUCCAUUCACUGCUGUAUGAUUGGGGCAAAAUUGAGGAGAUUAAAGAUUGUCACUGGUAGCUCAGAUAAGAGAAUUACUCCACACACACACUUCCUGUCUCUCCCGGAAGGAAGGGCCAAUCAGAUUGGUCCAUUGUGCCUCAUGACAGAUAGUGUGUGAGUGUGUGUCACUGCACACUGUUUAGAUAAUGACACUGAAAGGGGGGGGGGUUACAAGAAGUGUGUGAAAAGAAGCUUCUGGUUCCUCCCCUCGCAUUCACUGCAGUGCCACCUAGUGGUCAUGCAGAAAACAAGACAAGCUGAGCAUGACGGGACGAAGCGAUCACAUGUAUGUUUUUAAAAUGUAUAAUAUGUAUUUUGUGUUGUUUUCUCUUUUUUGGGGGGCGUUAACAUUUCAAAUGACAGUAUUCCUCUCACAUGAACACGCUUUUAACGAAGAGUUUGAUCCACAACCUCGGUGGAAUAUGUGAGUCAGUCUGGUAAUAGAUCAAUAACUUAAAUAACCUUAAAAAGGAAACGCAUGCUCGAUGUCGUUUCAAUCUGCUGUAAAGUAUGAAUACAUAUUGAAAGAUUAUUUUUUUAGGCUCAACAAAGAGGCUCAAGUGUUGCAUGCUGUAGAUUAAUCAUAGUGUCGUUACAACAUGAAAACAUUGUGAAAGUAAUUAUUCUCCCAGAGUUAUUAUUGAUGAAACGAGUACCUGAUAGUUAGAAUGUGCUUUCAUCCACCUUUUUUUACUUAGUGGUCCUUUCUUCCCAGGAAUAAUAAAGGAAUAAAGGACUGAGAGUUUUCUCAUAUGGUGAGACUGUAUGGAUGUGUGGCAUGUGGCUCUUAGCAGCAUGGUGCAUUCACUGUCUCAGCGGUGCAUUCACUGUCGGUGCAUUCACUGUCUCAGCGGUGCAUUCACUGA